AUGGAAGAUUUACAAGCAAAUCAACAACAGAUGGUUUCUGGUAUGGAGCAGCUGCUCAGCAACUUCAAAAAGGACGGCGCCUACCGUAGGACUGCUGCUCAUAUCAAAAAACGACUGGACUCUUUGGAUACUUACUGGCAGGAAUUUCACAACCUUCACCUCCAGGUACGUGAGUUGUGUGAUGAAAACCAUUCCUACAUUGUACAGAAUCAAUACGGACAAGUUCUUGAUUUUUAUACAAAAACAAAAGACUACAUACAAAGUUUCUUACCAACUGAAGACAAAUCAAGACCUUCUACUCCGAUCAUAAAACCAUCAAAUUUCAACCCCCCGCCAUCAACGUCGUCAGCAACACCACGACAGGUGGACCGCAGUAUUAACAGCAAGCUGGAUGAGAUGUUGCGUAAGCAAAGUAGCAAUUUUAGAGCUUUUAAGCGAACGUUAGCAAACAUUGACUUGGAUUUGUUAACCGAUAACUGGGAAUUAGAAGAUGCUCUGAAGACCUUGAGUGUUAGAUGGAACCGUAUCGACUCCCUUCAUUGGGAGCUCGACAGCAAGCUGGAGGGUACUAACGUAGCAUACGAACAAGAAUUUUCCGUCCAUGAGAGAAGCUUUAGUGACAUAAAGAAGGCAAUCAACAAGAAAAUAUGGUCAACAGCUCAUCAGGAACAAUUUACACCAAAGCUUGAUAUUCCUAUCUUCAACGGGAAUUAUCACCAAUGGGUUCCGUUCAAAGAUCUAUUUACGGAAUGCAUUCAUAACAAUCGCUCCCUUUCCAGUGCUCAAAAAAUGCAGUUUUUAAAGAGCAAGGUCAGGGGAGAGGCGGAGCGGCUGAUACAACACCUACAGAUCAGCUCGGAUAAUUAUAUUAUCUGUUGGGACAUUUUAAACAACCGAUACAAUAACCCGAAACUUAUAUUCACUUCUCACAUGAACAUAUUAAUGAGUUUGCCAGUUCCCCAUCAAGCAUCAGUGACCAACAUCAAGAAAAUUCACGACACUACGCAGGAGUGCUUAAAUGCAAUAAAAAACCUAGGAAUUGACAUAAGCACCUGGGAUCCGAUUAUUGUUUACCUGUUGACUCAAAAACUCGAUAACGAAACUCAUCAUGAUUAUGUUCAAUCUUUGAAAUGUCCCCGGGAACUGCCAAAAUUACAAGAAUUUCUCAAGUUUUUGGAACAAACAUUUACGUCGAUGGAGUCUGGACGUAGAAAACAAGACAACACUCAUCAAAAAUCACACAUUCCAAGUAAUCAAAAUCAGUAUCCGAAAACUUCGAAAUCGAAUUAUUUCAAACAAUCAUACGCCAGUAAUCGAGUAACAACCCAGCAUCCAUCCAACAUCUCGUCGAGGGGUUCUGCGUCACCUAACUUACAAGCUGUUAAAAACAAGAAUUUCAUAACAUAUACAUGCCCACUCUGCAGUAAGGAUCAUGGACUAUUCUUUUGUCAAGAAUUUUUGGACAUGUCUCCACAAACAAGACGUAAAACAGUAACAAAAUUAAAUGUUUGCCAAAACUGUCUUUUUAAUCAUCAAGGUAAAGCAUGCCUUUCAGAGAAGCGGUGUCGUGAAUGCAACGAAAAUCAUAACACUAUGUUACAUGACGCCUUCCGGUCAUAUUCAAACAAGUCGCAAAACAAUGCGAAUGUGAAAAACAAGUCGUCGAUGUCGUCAGAAGUGGAAAAUAAUCGUGUCAGCAUAAGUAACUCCAACGUUACUCAACAAAACAACGAUAUGACAGAAAUUUUAUUAGCGACAGCGAUGCUCAAGGUGCAGGCCGCAGAUGGUACUUAUAAAAUAAUGCGCACACUUAUUGAUCAGGGUUUGCAAUACUCAAUAAUAUCUGAGAAUGCGGCCCAGCGACUAGCACUUCCUAGACGAAACUGCAAAGGUAGUAUUUAUGGGGUUGGUGUUAAACCUAAUAGCUGUAAAGGAGUACUUCACUUAACAUGCUCAUCAAUGGACGACAACUACGUUUUUGACACGUCGGUAUUUAUCAUGCAAAAUCUUAUCAAACAAUUACCAAAUUCAACAUUUGCUAAACCUUCGUGGUCAUUCUUGAACAAUAUACAACUAGCUGACCCAGACUUCAACAUCAGCAGACCGGUGGAUCUUCUUCUGGGUGCUGACAUAUAUUCGAACAUUAUAUUACCUGGAAUAUGCAGAGAAGAAGAUCAAUCUGUGCCGAUUGCCCAACAGACUCGGCUCGGCUGGAUUUUGUGUGGAAAUACAAAAACAUACCAAUGCAAUGUAAUUUUGAACAACAUCGAACAAAUCGAAAAAUUUUGGGAAACAGAGGACAUUACUGAGCAUUUCGACUUAUCAGAAGAAGACCUUCAAUGUAUUCAAUACUAUGAAGAAACAACAAAACGACUGAGUGAUGGUAGAUACGAGGUCAGACUCCCACUCAAACCAGGAUAUGAAAAACAAUUGGGUUCGUCCAAAAAUAAGGCAAUCGCACAUUUUUUAAGCAUGGAAAGAAAGUUUAGAAAAAACAACAGUUUUGAGCAAAAUUACAAAGCCUUCAUUCAUGAGUACCUAGCGCUUGGACAUAUGAAACCCGCUGAUUCAAUGGGUCGACUCGAAUGUUAUAUACCUCACCACGGCGUACAACGACCGGAAUCGACAACUACGGCCUUGCGAGUAGUGUUCAAUGGCUCAUGCAAGACUUCAACAGGUUCGAGUCUCAAUGAUGUUAUGUAUGCAGGUCCAAACUUACAGCAAGACCUUCAGGAACUGUUGAUCAAGUGGCGACAGUUUGAGAUAGUAUUUACGGCUGACAUUGAAAAGAUGUUUCGCCAAAUAUGGAUUCAUCAAGAUGACCAGCUUCUCCAAAAAAUAAUAUGGAGAGAUUGUCCAAGUUCUGCAUUGCAAGACUUACAACUAUGCACAGUCACCUAUGGCACAAAAGCUGCCCCAUUUUUGGCCAUGAUGACGCUUAAACGAUUAGCAAACGAUGAACGAAGAAAUGAUUACUCCACCACUGCAAUCCAGGCCCUGGAAAAAGCAAUGUACAUGGACGACCUGCUGUAUGGAGCCCAUUCUAUGACGUCAGCAUUGGAAUUACAACAAGAGCUUAUUCGCCUGCUUCAGUCUGGAGGAUUCAACUUAAGAAAAUGGAAUUCCAACAAAGAGGAACUACUUAACAUCAACAACAACCAAGACAACAAAAAUUUUAAUUUUAAACAUGCACAUUCAUCGAAAACACUUGGACUCAGCUGGAUUUCUAAACAAGAUAUUUUCACAUUCCAAACAAAAAUUACUGUCUCUGAGAAGAAAUGUACAAAGCGAAGUCUUUUGUCAGAAAUUUCGAAACAGUUCGAUCCAAUCGGCUUGAUUGCUCCCAUAACACUGAGACUAAAACUUCUCUUCCAAAAAGUAUGGCAGCUGAAUCUUCAGUGGGAUGAUGAACUACCCGAAGAAAUCCAAGUAGAAUGGAUAAACAUGAAACAUGGCAUCAAAAUGAUUGAUCAACUACAAAUACCUAGAUGGUUGGGAACAAAAGAAAAUAGCUUAGUCGAAUUGCAUGGUUUCUGCGAUUCGUUGGAGAGAGCAUUCGGCUGCGCCAUAUAUUGCAGAACAAGCAAAAAUCAUCAUUCAAUGGUGGUGUUAGUUGCCGCCAAAACCCGACUAGUACCCAUCAAAAAGCCUAUCACUAUACCAAGGCUCGAAUUAAAUGCCGCAGUUUUAUUAUCAAAAUUGAUGAACAAGGUUGUCAACUGCCUAAGUACGUACAACAUAUAG